AUGGAGGAACGGGAUCAUUUUCUUUUAGAACUCGUCCGUAUGGAGGGUCAUGGCGAUUUCGCACUCCAGGAAACAUGUCAGGGUUCUGCAGGAUGCACGAAUGCCCCUGAAUUUCAAUGUGAGGAUUGUCUUGGUACUGAGCUCUAUUGCAAGGCAUGCACGGUAGAAAGACAUAUAGAAAAUCCAACUCACAGAAUCGAGUACUGGAAUGGCCAACAUUUUGAAGACACUAACCUGCGGGAUCUUGGGCUGCAACUUCAACUUGGACACCCCCCUGGUGAACAUUGUUCUAACCCUUCAUUAAUUCAUACCGACUUCAUUCUCCUUGAUAUCAACGGAGUGCACAAUGUUGUACUCUGCUUCUGCGAGUGUCAAACAGCUCAAUCUCGCACCACACAACUCCUUCGCAUGUGUUGGUUCCCAGCUACUACACUGGAACCAAAGACUGCUGCAACAUUUCGACUUCUCCACAACUUCCAUAUUCUUUCUUUUGAAUCGAAGGCCUCCACUUUUGAGUAUUGGCAAAUGCUCACACGCUUGACCAAUAACACAGGCCUUAACCCACCAAAAGUAAGUUCUUGA